AACGCAGUCUCCUCUGAUGAAACCGGAUUGACUGAUUCGGAAGACUGUUCAAGUAUAUCUGAUGCAGAGCAACUGGAGGUCUCAGAGGAUUUGUUAGAAGUCAGUGAAUGCAGUGAAGCAGAUGACGGUUUCGAGGAGGAAGUUACAAGUCAACAAACACCGCCUGGCUGGGAAGAAAACCGGCCCACACCUGAGAUACUCGAUUGUAGUGACAUCGAGGCAGAAGAAGCACCAAAGGUAACUCCGAUUAUUCGAAAGCACAAAAAUAGGAAAGAUAACACCGAACGGCAGAGUCCAACUUCUAAUGAUACCGAAGGUUACUGUUUGGCCGAUGGCAUCAAAGAAAUAGAAAUUGCGACACGGCAAAAGGAGGGAAACAAUGUAGAUAUCGGGAAUAGCGAAUCUGAACUUUGCAGCAGCACAGAUGCAGCGAAAGGCAUUCAAAGUUUGGGUGUAGUUGCCACGGGUGAUAUCAAAACGCCAGGCAAAUCGGGAAGCGCAAAUGGAGUUGUAAACCCUCAAAACUUGCAGAACAGAUCUAUCAAUGAGCGAGAGUGCAUAACUGGUGACAUUGCUGCGGGUACAAGUUCGCCUGUGACUAAGUCGCAUGCACGCGGGAAUGAGCCGGACGCAGUGGAGGCAGAUGAGCACUUAGCCCUGUGCGACGACACACAAUGUGACGAAGUCGCUGAUGUGCCGUCUACCAUCAGCGAUGGCGUGGGGGAACUACGAUUAACAAGAGAUGCGCGUAUGGCAGCCACUGACGUUGAUGUUUCCAGAGCUAUCCCCGAUGAAAUAGAUACACCCAAUGCCGAAGACAUGGGCAUGAAAGGGCUUUCCAGUAUUUCCGAUGGCAAUGUGAUCUUAGGUGCUAGAUCUAUUGAACAGCAUGAUGCCGCAACGGCUGCAUCCAAUUCGUACCCUGACGCUACCGACAGUGAUCUGCAGGGCUCUGGGGAUGAAUUGGUAAAUAGGACUGAUUCCAUCGAGACUUCUGACAACGGAUUGAGAUGUGAGUACGAGAGUGACCAGAGUAGUAUACACAAUGCACCAGUGGACUCCAAGGGAACUCAGGAUGAUAGGAUAGACGAGAUAGUGCCUUGCGCAGACUUGCAAAUCAAUGGUAAGGAUGUCACAAAGGACGAUGAAGAUGCUAUGCUUUGUGAGGAAAUCAUUGCACUACACACUGAAGGUACAACUGAACAUACAAUUCAUUCUAUUAAGAAUGGCAGUGUAUCCGAAGGAAAUAAGACCCUACAAAGCAGCGGAAAAGUGAAAAGUCAACCAGACUUACGGGGGAACACUUCACAAUCACAUGGUGAUGGAGACAACCAUGAUGAAACAGAGGAGAGAAGGCAACUACUCGUUGCCACUACGAUGGAAGAGGCUAUAGACUCUCGACUGGAAAUGGCCAAGAGUGCACGAGUGGUGUUGUGCAAAGCAUUGACAAAAUUUGGACACACCUACACUGAUGACAGGCUGAUACAAUUUGCAAGUAAGGAGGGCAUCGUGUUUAAUACUGCCAAUACUUAG